UCAACAUGGAGGCGGAGGUCGAUAAGCUGGAACUGAUGUUCCAGAAAGCUGAUUCUGAUUUGGAUUACAUUCAAUAUAGGCUGGAGUAUGAAAUCAAGACUAAUCACCCAGAUUCAGCAGGAGAGAAAAAUCCUGGUGAAAUUUUAAAGGAAUUAUCAGCAAUAAAGUCUCGAUAUCAAGCUUUGUGUGCACGUUUUAAGCCACUUUCUGUUGAGCAAAAAGAGAACAAGAGCCGCAUUUGUGCUAUUCUGAGCAAGACAAUGACCAUGGUACAAGAACUACAAAAGCAAACAGACCUGGAGCUGACUCUUCUGACUGAAGAGGAGAAAGCUGUGACAGAGCAAUUAAGAUCUUACAUGCCAGACUUAUGAAGACACGGGGUUUUAUAACGGAAAAAAGAUCCAUUCCAAAGAGAUUCAGCAAGAUGUUGUAUUAAUGCUUUGUAUCAUUAAUUCACCAAGGGGUGGGAGGUUGAUAAGGAAGAUUGAGAUUUUCCUUGAGUGUCAGAAUCAUAUGAGAGGAAAUUUUAAGAACUGUAGAUUAUCUUAUGAAUAAAAGCCAA